ACCUCCACCACGCUCGACGUCACCUCUUGCGCGUCGACACCACCGACGAAACAAUCCUCCCGAAUGCCGCCCAUAUAAGCAACCAAACAUGGGUGGGUUCUCAACAUAUUCAUCCGAGUCCGUCUCCCUGUCAAAAUGUCCGCAUUCAAGCCGGCCAACAACGAUCACAUCCUCACUGACGACAAGGAGCUGCGCGCCCUCUUCCCGAAGUCGAGGAGCACCAUCAAGCCGCCCUCGUUCAAGGGCUGUCAAUAUCUCGUUCACGGCGAGAUCAAGACGUUCACGAAGGCGACCGAGCCCAUCGCGACGGCCAUCUAUGCCGGAGACGAACGGGUCGUGAUCUCGGAGUUCGCAAGGUGCGACAAGGAGGUCGCCCUCGAGGCCCUCGAGGCUGCACAGGCCGCAUGGGACAAGGGCAGGGGCAAGUGGCCGAACUCGACCAUCCAGGAGCGAGUGCGGGCGAUGCACGGAUUCUUGCAGGAUUAUAAGGCUGCGAGAGAGGAGAUGGCGGAGCUGCUCAUGUGGGAUAUCUGCAAGUCGAAGAAGGACGCGACAGAUGAGAUUGACAGAACCAUUGACUUCAUCGAGGACACGAUCAGCGAGGCCGUCCGGCUCUACAACUCCCAGACCAACUUCGAGGUCAGCUCCGGCGUCGCCGCGCAGAUCCGGCACAUGCCCGUGGGGGUCGUGCUCGCGUCGGGGCCGUUCAACUACCCGAUGAACGAGUGCUACACGACGUUCAUCCCCGCGCUCAUGGCGGGGAACACCGUCAUCCUGCGCAUCCCGCGCAACGGCGCGUCGCCGCACUUCCCGACGCUGCGCAUGUUCCAGAAGCACUUCCCGCCUGGCGCGAUCAACGUGCUCUCCGGCUCGGGGCGCGAGAUCAUGACGCCGCUCAUGCAGAGCGGCGGCAUCGACUACCUAGCGUUCAUCGGCCGCUCGAGCAGCGCGAGCGCGCUCAUCAAGGCACACCCCGAGCCGCACCGCCUGCAUAGCUUGCUGCAGAUGGACUCGAAGGACUGCGCGAUACUCCUGGAGGACGCGGACGUGGAGCUGGCGGCGAAGCAGUGCGCGAGCGGCGCGUUCUCGUUCAAUGGUCAGCGGUGUACGGCGAUCAAGCUUAUCUGGGUGCCGGAGAAGCGGGUGGCAGACUUUGUGCCGAAGUUCGUGCAGGCGGUGGACGCGCUGAAGAUUGGCAUGCCGUGGGAUGCGGACGCGAAGAUUACCCCCUUGUGCGAGGAUGAAAAGCCGAAUGGACUCAAGGACCUCAUCGAGGACGCACUGAAGCAUGGCGCCCACAUCUUGAACAAAAACGGUGCACGGUUCGCGAAGUCGCUCGCUAGUCCAACAGUGGUCGGGCCCGUGACGAAGGACAUGAAGCUAUAUCUUGAGGAGCAGUUCGGCCCCAUCGCACCCAUCGCAGUCUACAAGGACAUUAACGAGCCGCUCUCGUGGAUCGCCGAGAACAAGUACGGGCUGCAGAGCGCCGUGUUCGGCUAUGAGCCGACAGCUCUCGCCCGUGUGGUGGACGCGCUCGCCAUGGCAGAAGGUCGGGUGAACAUCAACAGCCCAGACAAGCGUGGGCCAGACGUGCUCCCGUUCACGGGAAAGAAGAACUCGGCGUUGGGCAUGACGAACGCGAAGGAGGCCUUGAAGCUGUUCGCGAUCCCGACGAUCGUGGCGACGACGCUCGGAGAUGAGAGGAAUCUGAGCGCCGUGGAGGGUUUGGUUAGGAGCGGGAAGAGCAAUUUCUUCAAUCAGGACUUUGUCUUUCCGCCAUCGUGAGUACUUAGAGCAUUUGAACGUGGUGCCGACCGUGGACAGCAUACAAAAGCAAUGUAACAUUAGCUCGCACGUCAUAUAACCAUCUCAUCCACCGUGUCAUUAUUCUUCAAUAGUAAUGUUCGGAUCGGGGUCGA